AUGAUGCUGUUCAUGACCAUAUGCACAUGGGCGCUUUUAACUAUUUUUACCUAUGAAACUUUAAAAAUUCAAAAGUUUUCAUUUAUCCACAACUAUGAAGGUGUGUUACCCAGUAGAACUCAUGGAAAAGAGAAAUUUCGGCCAAAAAUCUGGGAAAAGAGAAAAAGGGGAGUUUGGAUAAUGUUUAAAAAGAGAGAUGAGAAAAUAAGAAGCAUGAACCAUUCAGAAGAAUCGAAUGAUGAUUAUAAAAUUUUCCAAAAGAAAAACUUUAUUAAAAAGUAUCAUGUGAAAAAAGAAGAAGUAGAUGAAUAUGUAGAACAGAUGAAGAAUAACACAAGUAGUGGUUAUGAGCCACAUUUUCCUAAGGAUGCUUUUAGAACCCCUGAUGGAUUAACUAAUGUCAUUUUGGAUUAUAAAUACAAGAAUGACAAUUUAAGGAUACAUAAUUAUUAUUAUUUUUUCAUGUAUUUUUUAAAAAAGUUAUCCGAAAAUUCAGAAAAUAAAAAAAAAAAAGGAGAAAAAGACAAAACAGACAGUGAUAGGCUAAUUAGUAUACAAGAUUUUCUAUAUUUAAAAAAGAAAGGAUUCUUUGAGGGAGAUUUGUACACAUGGAAAAAUUGGGUUCUUUUGAAUCGAGGGGAAUGGGAAGAUUAUAUAGGAUAUGAUGAAAAGGAAAAGGAAUCUGAAUAUGAAAUAAAAACUUUAAGAAAAAUGGUAGAACCUAAGAUGAAAAGAAUGCCCAUUGAAUAUUGGGGAAGUUUUAGGGCAAUAGAUUUUAAUGUUAAUCAUUAUCCUAUAUAUAAAAAAUUAUUCGAUUAUUUUGACAAAAUUAGUGUGAGUGGUAACGAACCUAAUGAGAAAUUUUAUCCUUUCCUUUUCUACCCACGAUUUAGUAUAAGAAGGGAUAGAUCUGGACUCGGAUAUGGAGAUGCACAAUUUUUUGGUGAUUAUGGGGACAUUUACAGUAAGAGAAAAGAUCGUAUACGCAGGAUGAGUGAAUUGAGCAAAAUGAGCGAAAUGAGUGAGAGGCAUGACCAAGAUGAGACAUACAAUGAGAUAAAAAAAGAAAGUGUAAUACAUUCAAGUUUGCACAGGGAAAGUUUUAUAGACAAAUAUGAUUUUGGGCCAAAUGAUAUAAAAAUCGAAGAAGCAACUGAUAUAAUUAAAUAUCCGCAAAAUGGAAGAUUGUACCAAAAGUUUUACAUAGGCCCAUUAAACAUAACAGAUGGGCAUACAUUUGGAACAUUGCUAAAAUAUGUUUGUCAGACGCAGUUAUAUGGAUAUGCCAUAGUUGCAAUUAAAAUACAUAAUAUGAAUGAAGACACUCGAAUUGAUAAUGUUCAGGAAGAUUUACUUGAAAUUGCACUAAAUUUAUCGGAUGUAUGCAUAUAUAGCAAAGAAAUAAAUAUUGAGACAAAUAUUCGUCUUAUAUUUAAAGGACCAUUAAUGCUAAUAGCAGGAAUGAUACCUUUACCAUCUCAUUUAAAAAUUGUUAAUAAAGAACAAUAUAUUUGCACAUUAAAAGAAAAUGGGUAUAUCGAUAUAUCUAUCAAAAUUGAAUAUGGAAAGGGCCAUUGGCUAACGUAUGAAAAAGGGUUAUAUAAAAGAGAACUAGGUUCUGAUAAUGAAUGUAUGAAAAAAAGAGAAAUUUCAGAAGUAGUUCAUAAGAAUUAUAUGCCAAUAAGUGCUAGCUUUGGCACAUGCAGAAUGGUGCGUAUGGCUGUUCAUAAAAUUGCUACGAAAUAUUGGUGUGAAGAUAGAUGUGAAUUUACCGAUCCUAAACAGAUGCUAGUUAUCGAAAUAUGGACAGAUUGUAGGAUGCUACCAAAAAAUGUUCUUCUCUAUGGAAUUAAAAAUAUUAAAAAAAUUUUAAGAAAAUUCAGAGAAAUGAUUAUAAUGGAUACAGAUUUUCCAUCAGAUGCUGAGGAAGAGGAAAUAAAGAAAUUAUGGCCAUCCAUUGAUAAGUAUAAAUAUUUGCAGAUCAAGCAAAAAAUGGAAGGAGGGCCACCUAUCCAUGAUGUGGAUGGUGGGAUGACAACAGAUACUAGUAGUCAAUCAGGAGGAGGAAUGAAUCAAUUCGAUAAUAAAAACCUCAUGGACGCAUUUUCUCAAAAUCUUGUAGAUCCAGACAAUUUCCCCAAGCACUCAAAUAUAGUACUUCCCUUAGAGGAAACACCACCCCCUUAUCUCGACACUUUAGAAUGGCUAAAAAUGGAGAUAAAGAAAGACAAAUAUAAGAAAAAGAGAAAACAGACGGAGAAUAAAAAUACCAAAAAGACCAAAAGAAAGACGUUUGAUUACGAUGAUUACUUGAAUAGUAGAUUGGGAGACAUAUUGGACGAUGGCUGA